AUGAGUAGUAACAGUAUACCGGUGAAGCUACUAAAUGAGGCACAGGGCCAUAUAGUUUCGAUAGAGUUAACGACGGGGGAGACGUAUCGUGGCAAGUUGAUAGAGAGCGAAGAUAAUAUGAAUGUACAAUUACGAGACGUGGUUGUGACGCAGACGGAUAGUAAGAUUACACGUAUGGACCAUGUAUUUGUCAGGGGGUCACACAUCAAGUUCUUUGUUGUUCCAGAUAUGUUAAAGAAUGCACCAUUGUUCAAAACUGGGCCUCAAUCGAGACCUACACCACCUAUCCGUGGACCUAAGAGGAGAUGA